AUGUCUUCUGAUACGAGCAGUCUUGCUACCAGCCAUUCAAGUCAAUUCCAGGACCAACUGGAGGUCAUCUUGGACAGACUAAAGACCGAUCCAAGCAGUAUCACGGCUGAUGACGCUCGUCUUCUAUCUGAGAACUUCAAUACACAUAAUGAAAGAGCGGUCCGCAUUAUCUCUGCCGUCGAAUAUCUAGCUAUUGCUAACAAGGACCUGCAUGUCGCCUUGGGUGGCAGCCCUGAGGAGGUCACUACAGAGGUCCUUCGCACCACACAGAGCAUUGUUAGCAAAAUGCAGAGGGCUCUCGGCCACACCAACGUUCCCCACCCAGAAGUUGAAGGCGAGCUCCAGGAGGAAAUCGUCAAGAUCGAGCCCAAGAUUGCCCAAGGCACAGUGACAAAAGCUGAGGCUGAUCGACUCCAUUCGCUCGAGGCUCGUGCACAUGGACACACUGAGAAGGGCGGUAUCACUGCUGCCGCUCAGUCUGUUGUCGCGAGACGUGAGCGUCAGCUAUCACUAAGUGGCGGCCCUGAGGCCUUGCAGCCCUCGGGCAGUGAACAGCUCCAAGCAAACAAAGAAGGCUUUAAAUCACCUGAACAGCAAUCUCAGUACGACAAGGAAGGAAAUCUUCUGCAGGCAGCGGACGCCGUCAAGGACAAGAUAGAGGAGGGCACUGUGACCAAAGCAGAGGCCAGCCAUCUCCAAUCCCUUAAAUCUCGCGCUCACGGUGAUACCUUCAAAGGAUUUAUUGCUGCUACUGCUCAAUCAACUGCUGCAAGGCGCGAGUCGAAUGCUAGCGAUGCGCGCCCUUGCGCUGACAGUAAAAAUACACUCUCUCCCCAAGAGCAACCCCACCACGACAAGGAAGAGAACCUUCGCCAAGUGGAACUCGCAAUCCGACCGAAGAUCCAAGACGGUACCGUCACGGCAGCCGAAGCCAAAAAGCUCCACUCAUGCGAGAUGCGUGCUCAUGGACAUACUGAGAAGGGUAGACUGGCCGCUACAGCACAGUCUGUUGUUGCCCAUCGCCAGAGAACUCUCAGCGACAUUUCCAACUCGCCUCAUCCCUCGGAAACGGAUGCUGGACCACACAAAGAAGACAUUGACGUUGACAAGGAGCCCAAGGAGGUCGAGGGAGACUUGGGCGAUAUCGCAAAAACAGAGAACGAAGCUCAGUGA